AUAUAUUUCUCAAGAGCCUCAUCCUUUAGAUUCCCGGGAUCGUUGGAAUCAAUAACCGCUCCCAUGGCCACCGUGGCGCGUCUGAUCCGCUGUCAGUUACCACGGUCGAGAUCGGUGGUUCCGAGGAGCCAAUCAUCGGAGCCGAUUCAGCAGCUCCAGGUUCAGCGGUCAAGAUCCGGCGAUCUGGUCGAGAAUGGGAAUAUCGUGCUGCAGCCGAGGCUUUGCACGCUGCGAUCGUACGGUUCAGAUCGAGGUCCGGUGAUUGUCGCCAGAAGAGACGGCAGCGGGGACGGCGGAGCUGCGGUGGAGGAGGCGUCUCCCUUUUUUGAGACACUAUCGGAGUACAUAGAGAGCUCGAAGAAGAGCCAGGACUUCGAGAUCAUCACCGGCCGAAUCGCCAUGAUCGUAUUUGCAGCGACGGUAACGGAGGAGAUUGUGACGGGGAAUUCGGUGUUCAAGAAACUGGACGUGGAAGGGCUAAGCGAAGCAAUAGGGGCGUGUUUGGGAGCGAUGGGAUGCGCCGCCAUAUUCGCAUGGUUAACCAUCGCUCGGAACAGAGUCGGAGGGAUCUUCACAGUGAGCUGUAACUCGUUCAUCGACUCGUUGAUCGAUCAGAUCGUCGACGGGUUGUUCUACGAGAGCGAGCUCAGUGAUUGGGCCGACGAUGUCUAGACAUAGUUGCUAUAAUGUACACACGCACACAUAUAUACUCAUAAUACAGUGCUCAUCUUCGCCAGAGAGCCCGUUAUGCGUGCGAUCACACUCUUCAUAUAUGUAAAACUGCAAAACUUACAUACUGGGCGUUCAAAUCAGACGAAGAUUUUUCUGCU